AUGGUGGUGGAUUCCGGAAAUAUGUUGGAUUCCAGAGCUAUAUCUGACAAGUUUGUUGCUUGCAAACCUAAAAUUGUGAAAAUGAUAAACUUAUUGUUCUUUAUCUUGUGUUUGGUGACUUGUAGUACUGGCCACAAAGUUGACGGUACACAUAGUACGUUCAAUGAAGAUUUGGAGUUGGAGAGACAACUAAAACAAAUUAACAAGACUCCUAUCAAGAGUAUCCAUACAAAGUUUGGCGACAUAGUUGAUUGCAUUGAUAUUUACAAACAACCGGCUUUUGACCAUCCUUUAUUAAAGAAUCACAAGUUACAGAUAAAACCAAGCUUUCAAAAAAAAUUUGAAAACUCAAGCAUAAAGAAUUCCUCAAACAAACUCAUACCUGGCAUUGAGAAAUUCUGGUGCCCAACAGGAACAGUUCCAAUUCGGAGGAUAACAAAAGAUGACCUUAUUCGAGCAAAAGCGUUACUAUAUAAUCAAACAUUAUUAACUCAAAAUAAGCUUGUUACCCACGUUGCUCGAGUUUCUCUCAAAAAGAUUCCUGGUAGUCCUUAUUAUGGAGUUAGUGGAACUAAUAGUAUUUGGAAUCCAAGAGUUUCUAAGGGACAAACAAGCUCAUCUAAUUUCUGGGUUCGAAAUGGAGAGGGGAGUGUUACUAACAAAAUUACCAUUGGAUGGCAAGUAUCUCCUCAACUAUACGGUGAUACCGCAACACAUCUGUACUCAUACUGGACGUCAGAUGAUUCUAAGAGAACUGGAUGCUACAACACAUUAUGUCCAGGAUUUAUCCAAACCCAUAGUGAAUAUGCAAUUGGAGUCAGAGUGAAGCAUACAUCUGUAUAUGGUGGAGAUAUGUAUGAGAUGAAAGUUUCCAUUUUUAAGGACCGAAAAACCAAAAAUUGGAUGGUGAAUAUAGAAGAUCAAACUAUUGGAUAUUUUCCUGCAGCUUUAUUUAGUAACUUGGAUGCUGCUAGCCAAGUUGGAUGGGGAGGAAGAACACUUACCCCCGCGGGUACUCCUAGUCCGGCAAUGGGUUCUGGACAGUUUCCUGACAACUUCUUCGAUCAUGCGUGUUAUUUUAGGCAAGUUUCAUAUCGCGAUAAAUUUUUACGUGAUACUAAGCCGGGAACAAAUUUGGUAGAAGAAUUUACUGACGUCCCUAAAUGUUAUAGAGUUGAUCAUCAUGAUACAAGUGAUAAAAAGUUAUUCGGGUAUAAUGUUCACGUUGGAGGACCUGGUGGUGCAUGUUGA